AUGUUAGAACAACAAUUAGAACCAACAAAUGAACGUUAUAUAUCAGCAUUUAUUGUAGAUAUAGAAAUAAGCAAGGUUAACAAACAUUUACACUUCCCAAAUAUAACUAAGAAAGAUAAUAAAGGUAAUCAUAAUGUUAAUGAAUUUUGUACAAUGAGAGUAGAUAAUGUUAUGCUUGAAAACAUGAUUAAAUUUCAACAAAUAGAGUUUAAUAUUAUUAGAGGAUAUUAUUGGACUGGAUGUAAAUCUAAUAUGUUUAGUAACGAGAUUGAAAAGAUAUACAAUUUAAGAUAUCAACUUAAAAAGAAGGUAAUCCAUUACAAAACAAUUAUAAAUUAUUGA